UUAAUUGUUUAACAGCUUAGUAAUAAGUUAUUUAAGUAUAAGGUUUCACUACUAUAAAGAGUAAAAAUGCAUUUAAAUAAUUUUAUUGUCGUUAUUACCGUGUUUUUUUUAUUUCUUCCACAUAACUUUGUUUUAUCUGAUAGCUCAAUAAAAGUUACAAAUCUUAAUAAUAUCGCUGAACAACUUUAUGUAAACGAUUUUAACUACAUUGUAAUUUUAAAAGAUAAAAUUGAAUAUUAUUUUGAGGAUCUUUUUCAUAAAGAUUUAUAUAAAAAAUAUAUUGUAGUUUUAAGAAGUCCUAUUGAAGAAAUAGAAGUAAAUGAAGAAGAAAAAAAGGAAUUCAAAACUUACGGCAAAAAAAUUGUAACACGUUAUUUGGGACUAAAUGAUUAUAAUUUCUUAGAAAAACGAGAGAUGAUAACUAGUUUUCUGAAGUGUAAAUACCUCGAACAAAUCAGAUUAAUCAAUCGUCUCUUGAUAUUCUUAAUUAAUGAAUAUUUUAAUAGUGAAUUGAAUAAUUUUGGAAAUAUGAUACAAAUCCGUGAAUUAUUAAAGGAAAAAAAUGAAAGUUUACUUAAAUUUAUAUCUAAUUUGAUUGAUAAUUAUAAAUUCUUAUCACGUGAAUUCGGAAUGGUUAUAAAUAAUUUCAUGAAAUUAAUAGAUAAUGCUCCAACCUGCCAGAAAAAAUUGCAAAUUUUUAAAAAUGAUGCCUACUGAAUCAAAUUAUAAAAAAGAAUUUAAAAGUCUAAAUCGUCAACCUAAUGAAUAUGCUAUCUUUUUGGGUGAAAAGAUAGAUUCAGUUAUAAAAGAUUCUUUGAAAUAUAAUUUUUAUUUAACUAGAGGAAAUGAAAAUAUAAUUUCCUAUUCAAGAGAAUGUAACACUAUUUUAAAAUUAUAACUUUAGUACGUAUAUUAAAAUAUUUUUUAGUCGCUUUUUUAUUUAUACUCAAUUAAUUUUAUGUGAUUAAAGAUCUUUUUUGAAUAUCUAAAAUGUCAAAAUUAAUAGUUAUAAUUAUGUUUCUUUUUAUAAUUACUUUAUGUUGGUGUACAAAUUUAUUUUUUAUUUACCUUGUCAUAUACUUAACACAUAAUAAAUACUUCCAUAUAAAAGUCAUAUGUGUAUGUAAAACAUAUUAUCAAAUAAAUAAAGCAAAAAAAUAAAAAUUUAUUGUUAAUAAUAUUGAUAGUUGGGCAAGAGCGGCAUAAGAUGACCUUUUAUUAAAAAAAAAAAAUUUAGUAUGUUUGCGAAUUUUUUAAAUAAUUUAUUGACUACACAAUGACAAAUUUUUGGAAAAUAAUUUAAAUAAACACAUAUGUCCAUGUGUUUUUAAUUCACUCAUACAUUUUUUGUAAAAAAUAUAAUAUUGUAGUUUUAGGUCGUAAGGUUUUGACUUGAACGUGAAUAAAUUCAUAAAAAAAAUGUUAUAUUGUUGUAGUUGAGAAAAUAUAUCACGAAUAAAAUGUAUUUGAAAUUUAAAGUCUCAUUCGACAAGAAAAGUAAGAUAGGAUAUUAAAAUAAAAUUGAAAUUAGACGUGUUAUUUUUUUUUCGUUUAUUGUAUAUGAAAUUUCUUUACAUAAAAUAAUUUGCUUGUAAUAAGUUGAACUAACUUAGUGUUAAGGGUCGUUUAAUACCUAGGUAUUAAUAUCUUGAUUAAAACCAAGAAUUGGAAGCCACUGAACGUCUGCCCAAAUAUUGUCCCUAUCCUUUUAAAUGAUCUUUAAUUAUCUGAAAGAGACACACACAAUCUUGUGUCUAUGUUACCAGUGAGAGAUUAUGCAAUAAAGUUUGACUAUUGUUUAUGUAAAUGACAAAGUAAAGUUAUAUUUUAAAUGUUUAGUAAAUAUAAGU